CCACCCAUACUUAUCUACUUACCAAGGUGUCUUCCAUCCUGUGAUCCAUCAGCUUGGGAGACUUCUGCAAACUGCCAACUCUCUUGUCUUCAUGUUUCGCGUCCAGCCUCGUUUCUUCGGCGUUCUCGGUGUUACCUAAGCUGAGCCUCCUUCUGCGACUUGUUCUGGCGCGCACGCCAGUCUUCUGAUCACCGGGCGCCCGUUCCGUUGCUCUUCCAUUCACGACACACCCUAGAUAGUCACCCUCGAAUCUUCGAAUCCUCGAGCUUCACCCUGACAAACAUUCUGUGAGUAUCACUCGUGCUGCUCAACCAGCAGGCUUCUGCGCUGGAUAUCUGCCUUCCGAUAACUCUCUACCCCUCCUCACCUUCCGACCUCGUGUUCUCCAUUACCUACCCACAAGCUUGCGCCAUCAGCUUCGUUCUAUCGCCCUCUUGAUAUCGAGUCUCUUCUGUGAGGUAUCCCACCCGGGAUUUCCAGAUUUCGAUCUGGGCUUCUUCCAUACCUUUCUCACCCACCAGUGUUAUCAUCACAUCCGAAGUCAUGCCUGAGUUACGAGCUACCGUGGUCCUCGUCAGUCUGGGCCUUGACGACGCAUUCCCUCAUCGUGUUCUUACCUUCGAAUCCGAGGCAGACCGCAUCGAGAUUGGCAGAGCUUCAAAGCGAGAAAACAAGAACUUGUUACCUUCCCACCAGAAUGCCUUGUUUGACUCCCGUGUCAUGUCACGCACCCACGCUAUCCUCCAUGCGUCCUUUGAAAAGAAGCUCCUGUAUAUCCGUGACCCCGGCUCGAUGCAUGGGACUUGGUUGAACCGAGAAAAGCUACCCGUUGACAAGGAUAUCACGGUGAACAAUGGCGAUGUGCUGACGUUCGGCGUUGAGGUGGUCCGUGGCGUUGAUACUUUUCCUCCUUUAGCAGUCCGUUGUGAAUGCCAGUGGCUUGAAACCAAGAAUGAGACUGUUGUUCAGAAGCAGCAGACUUCCAAUACUUUCUGUGUCCCCGAAGAUGAUGAUGACGAUGACGAUAAUGAAUAUGAUGAUGAUGACAAUGACGAGAAUGACUGUGAAAUCACCUCUCAUAACCCAGUUGCACUUGAUCUUACUGGUGAUCAGAGUUCCGAGUCGGAUGCCUCCAGUGUUGACUCUGACUCAGAAGAAGACAGCCAUUCUGUGAUUGAGAUUCAAUCUCCUACAUCAUCCCCGCCAAAGAAUGACGAAACAAAGGACAGUCAUGCAAUCGAGCCACCAAUGAUGGCUACCGGACCUAUCAGUAAGAGCCUCAUUGAGCAGAACAAUGAACGCUCUGAGGACCCUGAGCAGCCCUUGGCGACUCCAAGGAUGACCCCACCUUCAGUAGACUACGAGUCAGAAGAUCCUAACGGAGAAAACCAAUACUAUGACGAAUGUUUUGCGCAUAGCUCAGAUGAUGAGGGCUCCGAUGUUGACUCCGAGGGCUGGGCGCUGAACGCCGAAGUGGACGACGCUGCAGAUCACACAGUCCUCGAACCAUGCGGUAAUACUCACUUUCCCACAGAGACGUUGGAAGGCGUCUCAAAUGCGACCCCAGUAGCGCGGACUUCUUCCCUUGACUGCUUGAAGAAAGCUGCUGUGGCCGAACAUCUUCCCAACGACAUACUAGGCAGCUGGAACGUCCCUCCCUUCUAUGGUAUGAAUCGCCUUCCAGAGAUCAAGUUCAGCACACCUUUUCAGCAAGCAGAGCAAUCAGUCGCUAGCAUGUCUCACCCCUCACCGCCGAGGCUACCCUCCCUGUGUCAGACUUUUGAGAGAGUGGGAGCAAAUAUGGAGCCUUCUUUCCAGUACGGGCACUCAGCCGAGCACAUCUCGGCCGCUGUCCCUAGCCACGGGUAUACUCCAAUGCCAGCUGAUACAACUAAAGCUUCCUUUAGCCCCCAAGUCGACUCGUCGUCAGGUCAAAGCUCCCAACUGUCAUCUACUCACUACAAGGACGGGCCAUUUGCCAGUACGAAUCCAAUAGUACGCACCAAAUCAACCUUGGUCAGCUGCAGCUCCAAGCCCGAGAUUUUACCCUUCAUGGAUCCGCUGGCACCGAUGAUUCCCAGGAUGUCUUGUGAUGUAUUCCCCGAACCAGAGACUGAAAAACCGCUGGCAUCCGAGGAAUGGAAAACCUUCAACACUGGUUCGGAAAAGAUAACCACAAAGAAGCGCAAGGCUCCAGAAAUGGAAUCAGAACCCGUCGAGGUGGUGAAAACUGUGGAUUUGGCCAACAAAAAAGCUGACAUCUCUGAUAUUCAGAAGCAAGAUGUCACCACCGCUAUUGAUCAACAAGGUACACAGAUAACCGCCGUGGGCGUUAUAAAAGCUCGUGAGGACGUGGAGCGUCCGACAAAGCGGGCAAAGGCCUCACGGACGACGAGCCUUCGUAGCCAUGCCACGACGGCUAUCAUUGGAGCUGUGGUUGGUGCAGUGGGUACUAUUGCGGCCCUGGCAUCGCUUCCUCCAGACUACUUUGCCUAGGACCCCCGAAGCAGCUGUUGGAAAUGAUUGUGGCGUUAUCAUGGUGAAUCAAGGAUUGUGAUUGCGGGGUGGGAUUCGCUUACUUUUCGAUAUUGACUCUCCUUGCCAAUUUAUCUCUUCUUUUCUUUUAUGCUACUCUGCUCGAUUCGACGCGAUUCUAUGAGGCGUCUUUGCUUUGUCUUUGUUCUCCUGUUCAAGUAACUGGUGUAUUUGCGCGGUGCAAACUAGUUAGAAAUUGGCCACAGUUGGAGCUGCAUUUUCCCUAUUUAGCAGAACAAACGCCGCUACUCAGAAGAAACUGCUCAGCUCUACUGCGCCGUGUAGGCGUAGUUGGUGCCUGAUUACCUCGUAGAGUCAGGCUGUAUCCUGCAUUCCGAAU